AUGUAUAUCUGUCUAUCAACUGAUCUGUCUGUCAGUUUUUUAUCAACCUGUCUGCCUGUCGGUCUAUCUAUCAGUCUGUCUAUCAUCCUUGUCUAUCUAUCUAUCUAUCUAUCUAUCUAUCUAUCUAUCUAUCUAUCUAUCUAUCUAUUAGUCUGUCUAUCUAUCUCUCAGUCUGAAUAUGUGUCCAUUUUCUCUAUACUAGUCUGUCUAUUAAUAUGUGGCAGCGCCAUAUGUAUCUACCCGGCUGUAUGUUUGGAUGCCUCUCUCUCUAUCUCUCUAUCUCUCUAUCUCUAUCUAUCUAUCUAUAUCUCUCUCUAUCUAUCUCUCUCUCUCUCUCUCUCUCUAUUUCUCUCACUCUGUCAUUAUCUCUCUCUCACUGUCAUUAUCUCUCUCACUGUCAUUAUGUCACUCUCUCUCACUCUGUCAUUAUGUCUCUCUCUCACUCUAACGCUCUCUCACUGUCAUUAUCUCUCUCUCACUCUAACUCUCUCUCACUCUGUCAUUAUCUCUCUCUCUCUCUGUCAUUAUCUCUCUAUCUCUCUAUCUCUCUCACUGUCAUUAUUUCUCUCUCUCUCACUGUCAUUAUGUCACUCUCUCUCACUCUAG